AGAGGCCCCCUGAAGCUGAAUUCAGAUCAGCACUUAGAGGGGUUUAAAGCUCUCUCUACCGCAUGUGCUCAAUCCCGCCUCCUGCAAGGCAGCCCGAGGAUCGCACAUAGUAAAAUGGCUGAAAAGCAGAAACACGAAGGCAGGGUAAAGAUAGGACACUACAUCCUCGGAGACACGCUGGGAGUCGGGACAUUUGGAAAAGUGAAGAUUGGAGAGCACCAGCUAACAGGACAUAAAGUUGCCGUGAAGAUCCUCAACAGGCAGAGGAUCCGCAGUCUCGAUGUCGUGGGGAAAAUCAAAAGAGAGAUUCAGAACCUUAAGCUCUUCAGACAUCCACACAUCAUCAAGCUGUAUCAGGUGAUCAGCACUCCCACAGACUUCUUCAUGGUGAUGGAAUAUGUGUCUGGAGGGGAACUCUUUGACUAUAUUUGUAAGCAUGGAAGGGUGGAGGACACAGAGGCGAGACGUCUUUUCCAGCAGAUCAUCUCAGCGGUAGAUUACUGCCACAGACACAUGGUGGUGCACAGAGACCUCAAGCCUGAAAAUGUACUGCUGGAUGGCAACAUGAAUGCCAAGAUCGCUGACUUUGGUCUGUCAAACAUGAUGUCAGAUGGAGAGUUCCUGAGAACGAGCUGCGGAUCACCAAAUUACGCUGCACCAGAGGUCAUCUCAGGAAGGCUGUAUGCUGGUCCAGAGGUGGACAUCUGGAGCUGUGGCGUCAUUCUCUAUGCACUGCUCUGUGGGACUCUGCCGUUUGAUGACGAGCACGUGCCCACACUCUUCAAAAAGAUCCGUGGAGGGGUCUUCUACAUCCCAGAAUACCUCAACCGCUCAGUGGCCAGUCUACUUAUGCUCAUGUUGCAAGUGGACCCACUAAAGAGAGCUACUAUCAAAGACAUCAGAGAGGAUGAGUGGUUUAAGCAGGACCUUCCUUGCUACCUCUUCCCUGAGGACCCCUCGUACGACGCCACAGUGGUGGACGAGGAGGCCGUGCACGAGGUGUGUGAGAAGUUUGAGUGCACUGAAGCCGAAGUACUGAGCAGCCUCUACAGCGGAGACCCUCAAGACCAGCUGGCCGUGGCGUACCACCUCAUCAUCGACAACCGCCGCAUUAUGAACCAGGCCAGCGAGUUCUACCUGGCCUCCAGUCCCCCAACCUGCUCCUUCAUGGAGGAGGGCAUGCCUCUGCCACCAGGGGUCAAACCUCACCCCGAACGGAUGCCCCCGCUCCUGGCCGACAGCCCGAAGGCACGGUGCCCUCUGGACGCCCUCAACACCACUCGACCCAAACCGCUGGCAGUAAAGAAAGCAAAAUGGCACCUUGGCAUACGGAGCCAGAGCAAACCUUACGACAUCAUGGCUGAGGUUUAUCGUGCCAUGAAACAGCUGGAGUAUGAAUGGAAAGUGGUGAACCCCUAUCACCUGAGAGUGCGCCGGAAGAAUCCUGUCACUGGGAAUUUGGUGAAGAUGAGUCUGCAGCUCUACCAGGUGGACAAUCGUAGCUACCUGCUCGACUUCAAGAGCAUUGAUGACGAUACGAUCGAGCUCAAGUCAGGGUCGUCGACUCCCCAGCGCUCUGGCUCUACGGCCGGCCUCCAUCGACCGCGCCUCAGCAUCGACUCUGCGACCGUGGCUGUUGAGAUGCCCCAGCUGAGCAGCUCUCUGCCGGGCUCUCUGACUGGGAGCACGCCUCUGGCUCCGCGGCAGGGCAGCCACACCAUGGACUUCUUCGAAAUGUGCGCCAGCCUCAUCACUACCCUGGCUCGCUGAGACCCUUGCACACCAUCAUCUGAUGGUCUUUACCUCUUUACAGUUAAAAGGUUAAGGGUUGUGAUUUUUGGGGUUGGGGUGCUUUUAGGCCAGUCCCACAGUAGCGACACAAACAUACAGUGCCUAAAGAGUUUUUGGACUGACCUACAAAUGUAUGAAAUUUAUUGCAUUAGUUAACUAAUAAUAAUAUCAAAGCCAUCAGCAAAGAA